AUGAGGCGCUCUGGACCUCCACGGCGACCUUAGUGGGCCCUCUUCCCAGCCGAUUCGCAGGAAGCUGGGCUGCUGUAUGUGGUCUCGCUUCUCGGGCAGCAUUUCCAGUCACAGGGAGCAGAGGCCUCGGUGGAGAAAACUUCAUUUCCCCGCCGCCCGACAUCCGGAACUCAAGGACCUAGCCUUGGGCGACCAGGCGGUGGGAAGACUGCGGAGUGAGUCGUGGACGAGCCACUCCAGCGUCCAGCCUGGAGAACGGGGCCGUUCCGGCAGCGCCCGUGGGAGAAGAGGGCCAGAAGUCCUGGAUUCUGAGCCUGCCAUCCAAGAAACUCGGGAGGACGGGUUGACGGCCUCUGCUUCCCUCACCACAUUGGGACAGGACUCAGCAUGUCUCAGGCCACCAAGAGGAAGCAUGUAGUGAAGGAGGUGUUGGGGGAGCAUAUGGUACCCUCUGACCAGCAGCAGAUCGUGAGGGUACUCAGGACCCCAGGGAACAAUCUGCAUGAAGUGGAGACAGCCCAGGGGCAGCGUUUCCUGGUGAGCAUGCCUUCCAAAUAUCGCAAGAACAUCUGGAUCAAGAGAGGGGACUUUCUCAUUGUUGACCCUAUUGAAGAGGGAGAAAAGGUGAAGGCCGAGAUCUCCUUUGUGCUCUGCAAAGACCAUGUGCGCUCUUUGCAGAAGGAGGGGCUCUGGCCUGAGGCCUUCUCUGAAGUGGCUGAGAAACACAACAACAGGAACAGACAGACUCAGCCAGAACUCCCAGCUGAGCCACAGUCAUCAGGAGAAGAGUCCAGCUCUGAUGAUGAUUCUGACCUCUUUGUUAACACCAACCGCAGACAGUAUCACGAGAGUGACGAGGAGAGCGAAGAGGAGGAGACAGCCUGAGGCCCCAGACCCACUUUUCCUCUUGCUCAGAGACUAGUCCUUGGACAUUCCCAGGGUGCUCUGCAGAUAUCCCCUCCCCCAGAUGGGGACAAGGCAGGACUCCUCUCUGAACUGAUCUUCUGACCUAGGAGAAUUAAACCCCUGGUGGGUGGUCACUUGUGCUGGUGUCUGAGUGGCUCUCUGGAAGGAGGAGGGACUUGUGGUGAAGUUAAAAAUUGCUCCUUGGGCCCUAGCCAGUUUGGCUCAGCAGUUACAGCAUCGGCUCGCAGACCAGAGAGACCCGGGUUCGGUUCCUG